CAGCGCCGGUCGUGUUUACGGCGCCGGCUGCUGCGCACGCAUCUUUCCUCCUUUCCCGGUUCUCGGGAGAGCUGCUGGUCGCUCGAUCUCCGGCCCGUGUCAUCUGCUGCCAUCCGGGCCGGCCAAGGCCCUUACAGUUUUAGAAUAUGGCGAAGUUCAUGACCCCCGUGAUCCAGGACAACCCCUCAGGCUGGGGUCCCUGUGCAGUUCCCGAGCAGUUUCGGGAUAUGCCCUACCAGCCGUUCAGCAAAGGAGAUCGGCUAGGAAAGGUUGCAGACUGGACGGGUGCCACAUACCAGGAUAAGAGGUAUACAAAUAAGUACUCCUCUCAGUUUGGUGGUGGAAGUCAGUACGCUUAUUUCCACGAAGAGGAUGAAACUAGCUUCCAACUGGUGGAUACAGCACGCACACAGAAGACUGCCUACCAGCGAAAUCGGAUGAGGUUUGCACAGCGGAACCUCCGCAGAGACAAAGAUCGACGGAACAUGCUCCAGUUCAACCUGCAGACCCUGCCUAAGAGUGCCAAGCAGAAGGAGAGAGAUCGCAUACGAUUGCAGAAGAAAUUCCAGAAGCAAUUUGGAGUGCGGCAAAAAUGGGACCAAAAAUCACAGAAACCCCGAGACUCUUCAGUUGAAGUUCGUAGUGACUGGGAGGUGAAAGAGGAAAUGGAUUUUCCUCAGUUAAUGAAGAUGCGCUACUUGGAAGUAUCAGAGCCACAGGACAUUGAGUGUUGUGGGGCCCUAGAAUACUACGAUAAGGCCUUUGACCGCAUCACCACGAGGAAUGAGAAGUCACUGCGGAGCAUCAAGCGUAUCUUCCACACCGUCACCACCACAGACGACCCAGUCAUCCGAAAGCUGGCAAAAACUCAGGGGAAUGUGUUUGCCACUGAUGCCAUUCUGGCCACACUGAUGAGCUGUACCCGCUCAGUGUAUUCCUGGGACAUCGUCGUCCAGAGAGUUGGGUCCAAGCUCUUCUUUGACAAGAGGGACAACUCUGACUUUGACCUCCUGACAGUGAGUGAGACAGCCAACGAGCCCCCUCAGGAUGAAGGCAAUUCCUUCAACUCACCCCGCAACUUGGCCAUGGAAGCCACCUACAUCAACCACAACUUCUCCCAGCAGUGCUUGAGAAUGGGGAAGGAAAGGUACAACUUCCCCAACCCAAACCCAUUUGUGGAGGACGACAUGGAUAAGAAUGAAAUUGCCUCUGUUGCAUACCGUUAUCGCCGGUGGAAGCUUGGUGAUGACAUCGACCUGAUUGUUCGUUGUGAACAUGAUGGUGUCAUGACUGGAGCCAACGGAGAAGUGUCCUUUAUCAACAUCAAGACCCUCAACGAGUGGGAUUCCAGGCACUGUAAUGGCGUUGACUGGCGCCAGAAGCUAGACUCCCAGAGAGGUGCUGUCAUUGCCACUGAGCUGAAGAACAACAGCUACAAAUUGGCCCGCUGGACAUGCUGUGCUUUGCUAGCUGGAUCUGAGUAUCUCAAGCUUGGGUACGUAUCCCGGUACCACGUGAAGGACUCCUCACGCCAUGUGAUCCUGGGUACCCAGCAGUUCAAGCCCAAUGAGUUUGCCAGCCAGAUCAACCUGAGUGUGGAGAAUGCCUGGGGCAUCCUGCGCUGCGUCAUCGACAUCUGCAUGAAGCUGGAGGAGGGCAAGUACCUCAUCCUCAAGGACCCCAACAAGCAGGUCAUCCGCGUCUACAGUCUGCCCGAUGGCACCUUCAGCUCUGAUGAGGACGAUGAGGAGGAGGAGGAGGAGGAGGAGGAAGAAGAGGAAGAAGCUUAAAUCAGUUGGUGACAUGAAGCUGGAAAUUGAAAUUCCACUGAAUUUGAUGUCUAAUGGGAUAUUUGUCUGGCUCUUGCUCUCUGGAGUUUGGCAGAUGGAAUAAAUUUCAGUCUGUUUAGCUUCUUUUCCCUA